AUGAGUCCUCUCAAGAGCAUGGCUAACGGGGGCUUCCUGCCCACAGUCAAUAAGAACAGAAAGCCAAAGUUUGAGUUACAUCUAAAGAUCUUCGAUUUGAACAACGUCCCGUUGGUAUCAGGGACAUCGAUAGUAAAAUGGAACCUCGCACACUCCAUCCACGCCGAGCACCGUGGUCGCACACCGCAAUGCCCCAUCUCCAACCACAAGGUUGAGUACAACUACUCCAAGGUCGUCAGCCAUAUCCGGAUUAGCAUCGACAAGAACAACAACCUGACCGAGUGCCCCGUCGAGUUUGAGGUCCUGCAACAGUUUCCAGGCAGCGGUAGGGAGGAGAAGAUCUCGCUCGGUCUCGUCAAGCUCAACCUUAGCGAGUACGUGGAGGAAAGUGAUGGCCUUACCCGCGAGAGUAGCAGCUUCGACCGAGGUCACUCGCGCAAGCGAAGCAGCGGCACCAGCCAAAGCCCGAUGUCGACGAGGGCGCCGGUGCUGGACGACCCAGACGUCGAGGAUGGUAUCGUGAGGCGAUAUCUGAUGCAGGAGAGCAAAAUCAACAGCACAUUGAAAAUCGGCAUUUUGAUGAUGCAGCUUGAUGGCGAUAAGAACUAUUCUGCGCCUCCCUUAAAGACUGCGCCUGUAUUUGGUGGGAUUGCCGGUAUUAUGGCGGGCGAAUCAGUCGAGCAAGAUGACGCUGGACAGCUUCCUACAAUGGCCAAGUCCAGAGAUGCCUCCGAAGUGCAGGACAUGUACCGCCGCGCCCUCGCAGCCUCCUGGUCAUGCCAACCCGGUGAGCUCCCCGCCGAUCAGUGUAUCGAAGACAUCUUCUCCGGCGGCGACGGCUGGCAGGCAGGACGUACGGGACGCACCGGCAAGAAGACAACCACCUUUGACCUGGACAACGGCGGUUCUCUGAGCUCCGACGAAGGCGGUUUGAACGGCACCCUCCGGCCGUCGGACUUUCGCAAGUUGGAACGGAAGCAGCAGCAGCAGCAACAACAGCAGCAGCAGCUGCUGCUGGACCCGCCUCAGCAGGAUCACCUGCACUUACACCGUCUGCAUAACGGACACCGCCACCACUCGCGCAACAACAGCGGCUCCAGCGAGAAGAGUAUGAGGAGCUUGCGGAGCAUUAAGAGCAUGGCCACCAUCGUUACGGGCCGUGGCGAUACUGCGAGCAGCACCGCUGGUGCGAGCAACGUUGCUCGUCGCGGCUCACAUAGCCGGACAAGGGGUCGUGACGACGAUCAACGUCUCGGAGUAGGAGGAGGUGGCGGUCACGGCGGCGGUAUCGGUGCGCGCGACUACGGGCGCUCAAGGAGCCGCAGCGGUAGCAUGGUGAGCCUGGCGCCGACGAUGGGGAGCAGUGAUCGCGGGCGCGAGAGCUCGAGGAGGAACAGGGAGCUGGAGGAGUUUGAUGUUCGUGACGAUCUCGUUGCGUGGAGGUUACCUGGUGCUGUCACAUAA